GCAGUGACACUGCUUGUAUUAGUCACUGCUAGUUAACCUGGCCCUGAAAUCUGCUUUACAAACACUUUAUAUUCCCCCCAGCUUCUUGUAUUACGUUAAUUUUGAGUGUGUGAGUGUCGUGCUGACAAACUCUUCCAGAGGGCAACGUGUCCCGCAGAGCUCUUGGAGGAAUUUCCCCCCUGUCCCUCUGUCUGUGCUGCUCAACUCUCAGCCCUGAACUCGAAAUCUGCCUGGCCAAGGAUAAUCUCCAGGGUAUUCUAUAUAAAGAAACUGUAGCGCCAACAGAGUUCACUUCAUUUCGUAAGGGAUUGUGUAGUCAGCCGUGACAAAUCAUCCAGGGAUUUUUUCCCGAGAGAAAACAGCGCCUUCCAGCUUGUAAAGGAAUCUCAUUCUGAUUUGGCACACAGGAAUGACUGCUCUGUUUGUGUUAGCAGGCUUGUUCCACAGGGAUGGCUUCCUUGUCCUGGAGGGGUUCUUCAGCACAGAGGAGUGUGACAGCAUGAGGAGCCAGAUCCAGGGAAUCAUCGAGAGGAUGGAAGUGCCCCCGCACUGCCGCACAGAGUUCUCCACCAGGGAGGAGGAGCAGCUCCAGGCACAGGGUAGCUCGGAUUAUUUCCUAACCAGUGGAGACAAGAUUAGAUUCUUCUUUGAGAAAGGUGUUUUGGACAAGAAAGGGAACUUUCUAAUUCCAAAGGAGAAGUCCAUCAGCAAGAUUGGCCAUGCUCUACAUGCUUAUGAUCCUGUCUUCAAGCAAAUCACCCACUCCUCCAAGGUGCAGGAAUUGGGAAGAAAACUAGGCCUUGAGAGACCAGUAGUUGUGCAAAGCAUGUAUAUCUUCAAGCAACCUGGCAUUGGUGGUGAAGUGACACCUCACCAGGAUGCCACCUUCCUGCACACGGAGCCUCUGGGCAGGAUCCUGGGCUUCUGGAUUGCCCUGGAAGAUGCCACACAGGAGAAUGGCUGCCUGUGGUUCAUCCCUGGCUCUCACACCAAUGGAAUUACCCGGAGGAUGGUUCGUGCACCUUCAGGUGCCUCAACAUGUGUGGAGUUUGUAGGGUCAGAGCCAGCCUAUGAUGACAGUCAGUUCAUCCCUCUGCCCAUAAAGAAAGGUGGACUCAUCCUCAUCCAUGGGGAAGUUGUCCAUAAGAGUGAACUGAACAGCUCGGAGUCCUCUCGCCACGCGUUCACCUUCCACGUGAUGGAGGCCAAGGGCACCAGCUGGAGCAAGGAGAACUGGCUGCAGCCAACUCCUGAACUGCCUUUUCCAUCGCUCUACACUUGAAGGCAGUGACAGGCUUCUGGAGUCAAUAGCUGAUCAAUAUUCCCGAUUGUUCCUUCACGUUCCCCUCAAACACGACCUUCCCUUAUGGCAGCUCUCCAGGUUAUUUCAUCCUCGGAACAAGGACCUUUGUCACAGCCCAACACACCUGCAGGAGACAGAACCUCCUGCUGCAGCAGGAGCAGUAGUGAGAGAGGAGCCACCCAGUCCUUUCAGUAAGGAAACCUCUUCAGUCUUGAGAACAGACCAGUAAAGACCACUGCACCUUGACUGGGACCAGUUAAGAAGUAUUUCUUCUUGCAGAUUCAGUUUAAGAGCUUAAGUGCAUUUCUUGGCUGUGUUGAUCCCAGCAGUGCAGGUGAACAUGUUAUGGGAAGAAGGCUGACUUUCACCCUUAGGUCUCUGCCCUGUUGUUGGAGUAACAGUGAUUUAAAACAGCCCUGUUGUGGGCAAAAUGAAGCAGGAACUCUGCUUUUUAUAAUCAAUCUUCUAAGUAUUCCCAGCAAACUGUGGUUGAGUGCUUGAUCUCUGGGUGUGUUGAUUAAAAAUAUGACAGUUCUUAAAGAUUUAUGUUGAAAUGGUGGGAGCAAAGAACCUCAAUCCAACUCCUUGCACUUAAUAAAAGAAUAGAAAUUCUCCUUUUCA